CCUGGCCUCUUUGGUGCUGAUGCCCGGAGAAGAUGACGAAGGGUACAUCGUCAUUUGGUAAGCGACGAAAUAAGACUCACACCUUGUGUCGUCGAUGUGGGUCCAAGGCAUACCAUCUGCAGAAAUCUACCUGUGGGAAAUGUGGUUACCCUGCGAAGCGUAAGAGAAAGUAUAAUUGGAGUGCAAAGGCUAAAAGACGUAACACCACUGGUACUGGUCGCAUGAGGCACCUGAAAAGGGUCUACCGUCGAUUCAGGAAUGGAUUCCGUGAGGGAACCACACCAAAGCCCAAGAGAGCAGCUGUUGCAGCCUCCAGUUCAUCGUAAAGACUCAUCUAUUUGUUAAAAUAAAUGGUCUUAUCCAGAAAAUGUCACCUUUUAUACAUGUUUUACUUCAGUGAAAUAUGGGAUUCCUGAAAAUACAUAUAUUUACACACAAAUUCUUGAUGGUAUGCACUGAAGCAAUUCAUUAAAAAUAAUCCUUUAAUUGACUUUUCAUUUGAUAGUACCUCCACCUUGAAAAGGACCAUUAUCUCUGUGCUGAACUUAAAAAGAGGCUUGUAUGUGUUACUCAAAAGAACUCACCUGCAAGAGAAAUGGAAUAUCAGCACUGGACUGAGUUUCAUUGUGCCCUAGCAUGGAAAGUCAGAAUUUAUCUCA